AUGCAGAGAGGUGAAGAACACUCAUUUAUUCUCAAACCGGCAACUUCAGUGUGGAAGAGUCCUAAGUGCCAUGGUGGAAGAAGUUCGCAGUCAUCUCAUUUAGAGGCUGGAAGUGCAGCAUCAAGUUUGCGUUUCACCUAUACAUUUAUUUACUUAACUCUUUUGUUAAUAAAUGCUGCCCCUAGGGAAAAAGAAAUCUAA